AUGGCUUCCCUACUUGACCUUGAAGAUCCCAGCCUAUUAGUGAGCUUGAACUUCAUCGGCAGUGAUUGGAAAACAGGUGCAUCGGAUAGGACUUUCUCAGUGACUGAUCCUGCAAGUCUUCGACCAAUUGGCGUACAUCAAGAAUCAGAUGAUUCCGAUGUGCUCAAAGCUAUCGAAGCCGCAGAGGUUGCUCUGCACACCUGGAAAGCCCAAAGUGGUCGACAACGCUCGCGCAUUCUACGCAGAUGGUUCGAUCUUGUUAUCGAGAAUAAGAACGACCUUGCUCGUCUCAUCUCUGUUGAGAACGGAAAGGCUCAAGCAGAUGCGGCUGCAGAAGUCUCACUAGCAUCCACUUACCUCGAAUGGCUCGCCGAGGAGGCCGCCAGAAUAUAUGGUGAUGUUGCACCACAUAGCAACCCUUCGUGUAGGAUAUCGAUUCUCAAGGAACCUGUAGGCGUUUGCGGGUUAAUCAUUCCAUGGAAUUUCCCGGCUGCUAUGGUUACUCGCAAACUUGCUCCUUGUCUCGCUGCAGGAUGUACAGCGGUACUGAAGCCUGAUGGACUGACUCCAUACACCGCAUCUGCACUUGUCCUGCUGGCUCAGAGGGCUGGUGUGCCAGCAGGAGUGAUUAAUAUCGUUAAUGCACUGGAUAAUACGUCAGCAGUUGGCAGGAUUCUUUGCGAAAAUCCAACUGUCCGCAAGAUUUCAUUCACUGGCUCAACAAGAGUCGGCCAGAUAUCGUUGCAACAGUCCGCAAAGAACAUUCAAAAACUGAGUCUUGAGCUGGGUGGAAAUGCGCCGUUCAUCGUGCUGGACGACGCUGAUCUAGAAGUGGCAGCAUCUAGCCUGAUUGCUUGCAAGUUCAAAGUUUGGGGACAGACUUGCGUGUGUGCAAACAGAGUAGUUAAAGAAUUGGUUGCUGGCUUCAAAGUUGGACCAGCUUCAGAUGUAACGACAACUCAGGGUCCGCUGAUCCAUUCACGGGUAGUCGCCAAGCGUGAAGAACACGUUCGAGAUGCUGUGAGCAAAGGUGCAGAAGUACUGAUUGGUGGCGGCUCACUCGCAGAAAAAGGUCCAAAUUACUUCCAACCAACUGUCCUCAUCAAUGCGAACGCUGAUAUGCGCAUCGCUCAAGAGGAGACUUUCGGUCCUAUUGCUGCAAUUUUCAAGUUCUCUACUGAUUCAGAAGCAAUUGCCGCUGCCAACAAUACCGAUAUGGGUCUUGCAUCAUACAUGAUGACCAACGAUAUGAACAGAGCGCGGAAAGUAUCGGAGGCACUGCAGGCUGGUAUGGUGGUUAUAAAUACCGGUGCCAUCGCGGAUGCAGCUGCUCCGUUCGGUGGCGUCAAAUACUCGGGUCUGGGCCGCGAGUCUAGCAAGUAUGGGAUCGAAGAAUACCUUUCUCUCAAAACUAUCGUUACCGGAAAUUGUUGA